AUGACAAUCACCCACAAAGCCCUCGUGCUUCCCGAGAAACUUGGGAAAUUCAUCGUCGCCGACUUCCCUCGCGAAGCACCUGGCCAUGGCGAAAUCUUGAUCAAAGUGCAGUCCGCAGCGCUAAAUCCCGUCGACUGGAAAAUCCAGAAAUGGGACGUUUUGAUUGACGGAUACCCUGCCGUUCUAGGGAGCGACAUUGCCGGAGACGUCGAGGAAGUCGGAGAAGGUGUGACAGAGUUCAAAAAAGGCGACAGGGUUUUUGGUCAGGCGGAAUUCAAAAAAUCCCGAGGGGCGUUUCAGCAGUACGUUGUAUCAUCUGCUUCAACAACAUCUAAGAUUCCACCUAAAUAUACCUACGAUGAGGCCUCUACAUUGCCAAUGGCUCUUACCACUGCCUAUUCUGGCCUCUAUAGUAAAACAGGGAAUGGCUUUGGCAUUGAGGCUCCACUGACCGACUCUGCCGUUGGUAAAUACGCCGGCAUCCCCAUUGUCAUUCUUGGAGGUUCCAGUUCAGUAGGACAGUUCACCAUCCAGCUCGCUAAACUGUCAGGAUUCUCUCCUAUUAUUACAACCGCGUCUGUGAAAAAUUCAGACUCGCUCAAAACCUUUGGUGCGACUCACGUACUCGACCGCAACCUUUCCGCGGACGCCCUCAGAGAAGAAAUUAGCAAAAUUACCUCGAAACCCAUCCAAUAUGUGUACGACUCAAUCUCUUUCGGUCCAACUCAACAAAUCGCUUUUGACAUCCUUUCUCCCGGAGGCCGUGUCGUCUAUGUUUUGCAACCUACUGUCACAGCAACGGAAGAUAAACAAAUCAACUUUGCGUUUGCAGCACUCUCCACGCCUCAUAAUGCAGAGAUCAUGCCUUUGUUCUAUCAUGAUCAUGUUUACCGAUUUUUGGAAAACGGUUGGAUCACUCCUAACAGAGUUGAAGCCUUGCCUAAUGGCCUUGCCGGAGCCAUUGAAGGUUUACAAAGAUUGGAGGCCGAUCAGGUCUCGAGGCUAAAACUUGUCGCUCGUCCCCAAGAAACUGCUUAA